CAGUAGCGCCCCUAAUUCGUUUACUUCUCUCUCUCGAAUGGCUGCGGGAUGAAGCGAGCAGUUUCGACGUAUCAGUGUUUUUUCUCGCAAUGGAUGUCGCUUUUGUGAGUCCUCUACGCGCUAUAUUGCCUUUCAAGCAUGGCUGAUAUUCGAUCGGAGAAACGUCGCGAAUCGUAACCUAGAGGACUUGCGGUUGUUAUUGGUUCUUGUGAGGGCGUAUGCUGUUUGUGUUCAGUGGUAAAGCCAGGUGUGCAAUGGCGGUGAAGGAGCACAUAGAGGCUGUGCUGAAUGUGGGCCUGCGGGUCCCCAGCAUCAUGCUGCUGGAGGUGCUGUACCGCUGGGACGUAAGCUCCUUCUUCCAAAAGAUCCAGAGGAGCAGUAUGAACAACAACCCCCUCUUCCAGUACAAGUACCUAGCUCUCUACCUGCACUAUGUAGGCUAUAUUCUGAGUCUGGUUUUGCUGACACUGCCUCGUCAGCGUCUUGUUCAGCUAUACCUGUACGUCCUCACUGCUCUACUGCUUUUUGCUGGACACCAAAUUUCAAGGGAUUAUGUACGUGGUGAGCUGGAGUCUGGGUAUGAGGGCCCGCUCUACUUGGUGCCUCUGUCUAUGAACCGCUUCACUACGGCCCUGAUCUGCCAGCUGGUGGUGUGUACUCUGUGCUCAUGCGUCAUGCAGACCAAGCGAAUCUGGCUCUUUUCAGCCCAUUUCCUCCCACUGGUGGCCAGAUUGUGUCUUGUGCCCUUGGAGACCAUUGUGUUCGUAAAUCGCUUCGCCAUGAUUUUCACCGGACUAGAAGUCAUCUACUUCCUAGCUUCUAACCUGCUAGUGCCCUUCAACCUCGCCAAGACUGCAUACAGGGAGCUGGCACAGGUGGUGGAGGUGUAUGGGCUCUUAGCCCUCGGCAUGUCCCUUUGGAAUCAGCUUGUUUUGCCUGUGCUGUUCAUGUGCUUCUGGCUAGUUCUGUUUGCUCUGCAGAUCUACACCUAUUUCAGCACCCGAGACCAGCCCGCUUCCAGGGAGAGAUUGCUUUUCCUUUUUCUCACCAGUAUUGCAGAAUGCUGUAGUACUCCAUACUCUCUGCUUGGACUGGUGUUCACUGUGUCAUUUGUAGCUCUGGGUGUGCUUACUCUCUGCAAGUUCUACCUGCAGGGCUACAGGGCCUUCAUGAAUGAUAACACAAUGCACAGGGGAAUGACUGAGGGAAUCACGCUGUUGAUUCUGGCAGUUCAGACGGGUCUAAUUGAGCUCCAGGUCAUCCACCGAGCCUUCCUUCUCAGUAUCAUUCUCUUCAUUGUGGUUGCUUCCAUUUUGCAGUCCAUGCUGGAGAUUGCUGACCCCAUAGUGCUGGCGCUAGGGGCAUCUAGAGAUAAGAGCUUGUGGAAGCACUUCCGUGCAGUCAGUCUGUGCCUGUUUUUACUCGUAUUCCCGGCUUACAUGUCCUACAUGAUCUGUCAGUUCUUCCACAUGGAUUUCUGGCUUCUUAUCAUCAUCUCCUCUAGCAUACUUACAUCUUUGCAGGUGUUGGGCACAUUGUUGAUCUAUGUGCUCUUCAUGGUGGAGGAGUUGCGCAAAGUGCCAAUGGAGAACAUGGACGACGUAAUCUACUGCGUGAACGGCACCUACCGGAUGUUGGAAUUUGUGGUGGCUCUGUGUGUAGUGGCAUACGGCGUUUGUGAGACGGUGUUUGGUGAAUGGACUGUUAUGGGCUCCACCAUUGUGCUUGUACACUCCUACUACAAUGUGUGGCUGCGGGCACAACUGGGUUGGCAGAGCUUUUUACUCCGUCGCGAUGCCGUCAACAAGAUCAAAAGCCUGCCUACAGCCUCUGAACAACAGCUGCAGCAACACAAUGAUAUCUGCUCUAUCUGCUAUCAGAACACGAAAACCUGUGGUAGCAUUCAGACACGACUGAGGCCAAGUGUGCGCACCGUGAGCGAGUCUCCUUCUCCCCCUGUAUCCACAUCGCCGAGCGGUGACCCUGACUUCACCGCACUCAGGCUUGAGUUGCUGGCUUUACUGAGGAAGGACAUCGCCGAUAUUUUUAAAAAGGAGCUCCAGGAGCUCCAGAACAUUCUCGGGGAAGCGCUGUCUACUAUCCAGCUUGACCUGCAGGCCGUGAAGACACAGCUGGCUAGUGAUAAAGUUGCUACCGAGGCUACCAUAUCAACACUGAAAGGUACUGUUGGGGAAAUGGAGCACGCGCUCUCCGGUUGCACCGAUGACAUAGUUCAUAUGAAGACUACUGUCGAGUCUCUCACUGCGACCGUGACUCAAUUAGAGAAUAAAUGUGAGGAUUUGGAGUCGAGGUGAUGGCGUAAUAACGUUAGGAUAGUGGGAGUUCCAGAGGGUGCUGACACCUGUACAACUGCUGCUUUAGCGGCCUUGUUAAAAGAGGCGUUUGGUCUGGAGAAGGAGCUGAUUUUGGACCGGUCCCACUGGACCCUUCAGCCGAAGCCCAAGCCUGGUGAACGACCAUGAGCUAUUGUGUGCAGAUUCCACUAUCACAGUGACUGUGUUGACAUUUUACGCCGUGCUAGAGAGAUCCAGCGGAUUAAAGUGAGGGAUUUGACCAUCUCCGUUUUCCCUGACUACACAGCCAAGACAGCCCGGGCCCGGGCCGCAUUUAACGAGGUACGGCGUCAACUUCGUGGUAUUGAGGGCGCUCACUAUGGAAUACUUCUCCCAGCUCGGCUUCUCAUUGCAUAUAACGGUGUUCAGAAGGACUUUAUUUCAGCGGAGGAAGCAGGAGACAACGUUAAACUCUUGAUAUCGGGGUGAACUGCAUCACCUACACAGCGGAGUCUUUUUCGCUCUUCUAUUAUUAUUAUUUUUUGCACUCGGCCUUCCAGCUCUACAGAAUUCAGAUUGUUAUUGAAGAUAUAGUCAUUGCAUUACUCCACCUAGAUUUUGUGGAGUUACUCCUCUUAAAAUGUACUUCUGUAUUAAUGUGCUUCUCUGUUUUGAUGGUCUGACCGGGUUAGAGUUUCUGUUUAUUUAAUUUUAUUAGUGUUAUUUCCUCGGCUUUACUUGCUACACUGUUAUAUUAUUUGUUACAAGUCUUUAAAAGGUAAGGACAUUAUAUUUAUUAUUGUGUGCAGACUGUUUAUCAGUCUUGGUAAUUUUGUUGGUUAGUUCAGCUUACUCUCCGAGUUGUUUUCACAUUGUGGACAACGUUCGGUUUUUGUAGGAUACACUGCUGUCUCAUUUGUUUAGAGAGUAAGCAAAACAUGCCAAUGUUUUGAAGGAUGUGAAUUGGAACAGAGUAAUGUUAUUUAAUUGCGAAUCUGUUUUUAGAGGAUUUAAAUCUAACAUGGUGAACAAAUUAUAUUAUAGAAUUCAGGCAAUUUUACUGGGGUUCCCUCAUACAGUGUGGCAAGUAAUAAUCUGGAAAGACCUUUGUAAUAUUACAGUCUAAAACUGGAUUUAAAGAGAAGCAAAUUAGUAAAGGAAUCGCAUGAAAAUGUAUCACUUGAAUAUGAAUCACAUGAAAAUGUAUCAAUUGAAUAUGAAUCUCAUGAAUAUGAAUCGCAUGUAAAUGAAUCGCAUGUAAAUGAACCAUAUGAAAAUGAAUAAAUAAAUUAAAGACAAAAAAAAAGAAAAAGAAAGAAAAGAAAAUGCAACUGAUCAAGCAGAUAAAUCGGAACCAACUUUGCAAGCACCACUUGAGCAUAACAUUUCACAAUGGUAAGUUUUUAUUUUGUAACUUUAAGAUACGAUGUUAUAAUGAUGGUUAUAAUGAUUUGGCUUCUUCACUGUAGCAACU